UUACAGUUCGCCUCUAAUCCUCGGUGUGUUUUCAUGCCGUGAUAACUAGUUAAUUCUGUACUUGAUUUAUAUUCUGUUUAAUUGAUUUUAAAUUUAUUCAUAGUUUUAUUAUUUUAAAAUAUUAAAUCUGUAUACUUAUAAAUAAUUAAUUUUGUUUAAUAUUAUACAUAUUUUUAUACAAAAUGAGUGAAAAGCGCAAAGAAGUUCGUGUGUGGUGUGAUGGAUGUUAUGACAUGGUACACUUUGGACAUGCCAAUUCUUUGAGGCAAGCCAAAGCUCUUGGUGAUUAUUUGGUAGUUGGAGUUCACACUGAUGAAGAAAUAACAAAACAUAAAGGACCGCCGGUUUUUACACAAGAGGAAAGGUACAAAAUGGUACGAGGUAUUAAAUGGGUAGAUGAAGUUGUUGAAGGUGCUCCCUACGUCACAACACUCGAAACAUUAGAUAAAUAUAAUUGUGAUUUCUGUGUUCAUGGCGAUGACAUUACAAUGACAGCUGACGGAGUUGAUACAUAUCAUCUUGUUAAAACUGCUGGUCGAUAUAGGGAAGUUCAAAGAACGGCUGGAGUUUCUACGACAGAUUUAGUAGGACGUAUGCUGUUAAUGACUCGACAACAUUUCAAACAAGGUGAUAGUGAGUACAGUGUAGAUAGAGAACCAAGCGAAAGUAUGGGUCAAGAUAGAUCUGCUCGUAGUCCUUGGACAGGGUGCUCCCAAUUUUUACCUACAACUCAAAAAAUAAUUCAGUUCAGCGAUGGAAAAAGUCCGCAACCUGGUGAUAAAAUAGUUUAUGUCGCUGGGGCGUUUGAUCUGUUCCACGUUGGGCAUUUAGAUUUUCUGGAGGUGGCUAAACGAGAAGGAGAUUAUUUAAUUGUUGGUUUACACACUGAUCCCGCUGUUAAUCGUUAUAAAUGCGGUAAUCACCCUAUCAUGAAUCUUCAUGAACGAGUUCUUAGUGUAUUAGCAUGCAAGUAUGUCAAUGAAGUUGUUAUUGGUGCGCCCUAUGAAGUGACGAAAGAUUUGAUGGAGCACUUUAAUGUAUCCAUUGUAUGCCAUGGUCAAACACCAAUUAUGCCAUGUGAAGGUGGCACUGAUCCUUAUAUUGAACCCAAAAGACAAAAUAAAUUUAAAUUACUGAAUAGUAAGAACGAUAUGACAACUGAAAAAAUCAUUGAAAGAAUUAUUUUACACAGGUCAGAGGAGCUUUAUUCAAUUAUAACGUGCUUGAACAAAAGAUAAUUAAUUGCAUUUUUAUGUUUUGUAAUCCGUUAUUGCUCAAUUUCUAAUAAAAUAUCCUUUAUUCUUAUUAAUAACUAUCUAUAAUUUUUUGUUUAUUGAAUAUUUUAUUUUUAUUAUUAUUUUUCUUAUGCCGUGACUAUAUUUCCAUACACUACAUUUUUUUUUUUCGAUGAGGUAAAAAAAUGUUACUAAUAACUAUUCAAAUAUUUAUCGUAAAUCGCUAUCAAAGAUAUAAUUACAUUAUUUAAAAAUUAACAAUUAUAAACGAUAGUUUUUAUAUUACAACAAACUUGAUGGCAUUGACAAUGAGUACUUUAGCGAUAUUUUACCUCAAAACUGAUAAGUAAAAACAUUAUUUGUUUAGUUAUUAGUUUAUUUACCUUAAAAAAAAACUUACAUACAUAAAAAAUUAGUCUUAUUUAUUAAUUAUUUAUUAUUUUAAUGUAGUCAAUAGUGAUGUUAAACCUCUAGUUUAAAUUACAGAUUGGAAUUCGAGGAUAGAAAUUUAAAAAAGGA